AUGGGAGCCUUCGAGUCAUUCCAGCAGCUGCAACAACCGCAGCAGCAUCUGCUGGUGACAGGCCCCCCUGCAGAUGCGGUCGACUGGCUCCAGCAGCAGCAUCAAGUGGCGGCAGUACCACAAGGAGCAGCAGCGACGCAGGUACUUGACGAAUUGCAACAGAGUCUCGAAGAUUCAAACGGCUUUGCUACCCGUUGCGAGGACACAGCGGCAGCAGCGGGUACCUUAGCAGUGGGCGUAAACGCAGCAAAUUCAGCGUCUGCAUGCGUUCCAUCACAAUGCCCGUCCUCAGCGCACGAGGGCACUAGGGGGGUGGCUCCUCCACCUCCAGAUCACGGCUGGCUACCCUUGGCACUAGGCACGCCAAACACAGGACUAAGAGUCACGGCAGCAGCAGCCGAGGACAGGGUGCCUUCCCUCUCGGCAGCCGCACUGGCAUCCGCCCCCGAAGCAGCAACGCAGGAUCUGCAGGCAGAAGAAAGACACUGCUGGAUACAGAGGCAGCUGCGGCAUCCACAGCUCCUGUCAUUUGCACUGGAGACGGACAAGGAGAGUGUGUCCACGUUCCACUGGGGCGAAACGCGAGUUGGCAGCCAGAAUGAUGCUGCUGCUGCAGCGCUUGCUGCUGUGCAGCUGACAGCCCAAGCAGCGAGAGGGGCCGUUGGGUGCAAAUGCACGGUGGUGUGUGGCGAUGGGCAGCGAGAAGAAACCCCUGCCUCUGCCUGCUGUCUUCGUAUGCAGGAAGGAGGCGACAAGAUGAAGAAGCUUGAAAGGGCGGGGGAGGCGUCGCCAGACACGGCGUCUCCCAAUCCCGCAGCCGCACACCAGCCAGCAGCAGCGAAAACAUCGAAUGAAGCAGUUCACUUGCAGCGCGUCCUGUAUUUGUAUCCUUCAAUUUGCGAGAAGAGACUGACGGUUUCUGCCGUCUGUUCCCCUCGGCUUGUGCAGUCCGUUAUGGAGCAAAGAGCGAAGCUUGACCAGAUCUUUGACUCUGGGAGAGCGCACCUGUAUCAUCAAGCGAGGGAGUCGCUCUUCCCUCAGGACUCUAUGCGAAGCAAGCCGAACCACAGCAGAGCAGGCGACAAAAUAGAGGAGAUGAGUUUCUGCAUCGACAAGUGGUGCAGCCGCCACUGCGGCAGCGACGGCGACGGGUGCGGCCUCUUGGGAGCACUCAGUGGAGGCUGCCAUCUUCAACAAGCAGGAGCAGAGCCUCGAGGAGGCACCGAUCCACGCAGCGCCUGCGCCGUGCAGCAGGACGCUGCAGAAGCAGGUGCAGGGAGUUGCGCUGUCGAACUAGCAACAGAGGCACCAGGAACAACAACCCCACCGGCGACGAAAGUUUUCGUCGAUCUCUGCGGCGGUCCGGGAGCGUGGAGCUUGUUUAUUCUAAGCCGAUGCCAAUCGGGGGCAUGGGAAGGGGGAGGUCUGGCAAGCCAUGACUUGGCGAACCUUUCGAACGCGCGCGCCUCCCACAGGGGAGAUAUCUUUGCGGCAAUUGCCGAGGAGGUGCUGCGACGCCUGAAGCAACCGCAGGCUCAGCAGGAGCAGCUGAAGCAGCAGCAACAGGGCACGGAGAUCUACGGAUUCGGAGUCACAAAGAAGGGUUCCGAGCUGGCCAAGAGCACCGAGUGCCUCCGACUCUCUGCCAGCGUUUUCCAAUUGCUGCUCCGGCAUCCAGGGGCGUCUGACCCUCCGCGUGUACCGGUGUGUGCAGCUCUCUGGGGGACUGAUGGCACGGGAGACAUCUGUGCUGCGGGAAAUCUGCAGCACGUAGCGAGUGAAAUCUUCCAGUUUCUUCGCUCCAGGAAAGAGCAGCAGGGGCCGCAGCAAACCCAACAGCAGCAAGAGCAGCAAGCGCAGCAAGGCGUGCACUCUCCAGCCAACGCAAAGAAUGCCGAGCAUACUGCAGAAGAUCCCGUCUUGAACUUUGAGGAAGGCGUUGCACUCGUGGUUGCAGACGGUAGCAGCGAUUUGCCUUUUGCGUCUGCAGCUUUGCACGAAGGCCGUCACGUGGAGAACCUUCAAGAACUGAUAUCUGGCCCUCUGCUGCUAUCUGAGCUGCUCGGAGCGUUGCUGUUGUUGCAAGAAGGGGGCCACUUUGUUCUCAAGCUGUUUGACUGUUUUUCUGUCUUCACUGCAAGUGUAGUGUACGCUGUUAGGCAGUUGUUUAGGGGAUGUUUAAUCCUGAAGCCUGUGCGGAGCAGGGCGGUGAACAGUGAAAGGCUUGCGUGUCGGCAUGCAGAUGUUCGCUUCAUGAAGAGCCUGAGCGAGGCCGCUACAAUCUUGUGCGUACGCCAGUUUGUUGCCAUCUCCAUGGUCUUAUCCAAGACGCUGUUCACAGCACCCCGUGGCAGCACUGGCAGCAGCUGGGGGGUCGCUGGAGGGCAGGAGCAGCAAUUGCAGCAACGCGACAGGGAGACUGACUUGCUGCAGCUUCAGCUGAGGCAACUGGAGCAGCAACUGCAACAGCAGAGGGAGGACCAGAAGAAACAGCAGCAGCUACAGCUGCAGCUGCAGCUGCUACAAAUGCAGCAGCUGCAAAUGCUUCAGUACAGAAACAUCAGUACACUCACCCCAGAGGCGCUGCAGCAGCAGCUGCUAUUGCAGCAGCACCUUCAGCAACAGCUGCAGCAGCAGCAAUCGAUGCAGCAGCGAUUGCGGCCCCAACAACAAGAACCGGUUUUUAUGGGUCUACAACAGCAGCAGUUGCAGCAGCAAGAACAGCAAUCAAACACGAGCGUGUACAAGCAUCUUUUUCAAGGGCCGUCAUUGUCACAGCAGCAGCAGCAAGUGCAGCAGCAGCUCCACCGCAAACAAAGUGGUUCUGCUCUUGCGGAAUCAGCACCAACAACAGAUGCAGACACAACGCUUCCGGAAGGUUCAUUGCUUGAAAUGGGAUCUUUCCUUUCCCUAACACACAACCAGCAGCAGCAACAAUAUGGCCAGCACGGCCUUUUGAUACUGCAGCAGGAGAGAGCGAGACUCGCACUACAGCAGCAGCAACUUGAAGCGCUGCACCAGCAACUACAGGAAGGAACAGACCAUAAUCGGCAGGAUCAGCCCAAAGUUCCGUAUAUCCCUGGCGCCUCAAGGACUGCAUGUACUGCUGGUCCCGUAGCCUCCAUAAGGAUCGCCUCAGCUCUAAAACCAUAUUGA